CACGCAUCAAACUUGAAAAUCAUGUGUUCGGAUUUCUUUCAUUAUAAUGUGAUCCUUUCAAUCAUUAACCAAUCUCUGAAACAUCUGUGGAAGAAGUGCCUAAUAAUUUAAUUCUCCCACCCUCAUAGUCUAGUUCCAUCCCCGGCCUAACUAAGUCCCACGAUGGCUCCCCAAACCAUCUUGUCAAUCAACGCCGGCUCAAGCUCCGUGAAAGUAAGCGUCUAUACAUAUGAAGAGCGUGGAAAAGUCCCAUAUCAAGAAGCGGAGAUUCAAGUCAGCGGACUGACCGCUCCGCCGGCAAGCCUGAAAUACAACCGCGGGGAGCAUGCGGAGAAGAAAGAGGUCCCAGGGGUGACAUCGCAAGAAGAUGCAUUCGAGAUCAUUUUGAAGCAUCUAAUCGGUGAUGAGGGGUUGCCGAUGAUCGCCAGCCACAACGACGUGGGAUAUUGUUGCCAUCGAGUGGUCCAUGGCGGAGAUUUUGACGACGCUCAUGCGCUCGAUCAAGUAACAUUUCGUAGGGUCGACGAGCUAUCCGACCUCGCGCCACUUCACAAUGCGGGAGCUCUCGCGCUCGUGCGAGCCGUCCAAAAGCAGGUUCCGCAGGCCAGGAAUAUUGCGUUCUUCGACACCGCCUUCCAUUCGACUAUCCCUACCUACAUCUCCACGUAUCCCAUCGACCCCAAGGUGGCCAAAUUACACAAGCUGCGGAAAUACGGCUUCCAUGGCAUUUCCUACGCGUUUAUUUCCAAAUCCACCGCUAAGUUCCUCAAGAAGCCGCUUCAGGAGCUCAACAUCAUCGCGCUCCACCUGGGCAGUGGCGCAUCCGCGUGCGCCAUCCAGGGCGGCAAGUCGAUGGACACGACUAUGGGGCUGACGCCGCUCGCGGGGCUUCCGGGCGCGACACGGAGCGGGAGCAUUGAUCCGAGCGUGGUGUUCCACUACACGAACGACGCGGGGACCUUGUCGCCGGAGAGCACCAAGGAUAUGCAUGUCACGCAGGCGGAAAUCAUCCUGAACAAGCAGAGUGGGUGGAAAGCGUUGGCGGGCACGACGGACUUCGGGGUGAUUUCGGAAGGGAAGAGUGAGGGGGCGCAGCUGGCGUUUGAUAUCCUCGUGGAUAGGAUUUUGGGGUAUGUCGGGAGUUACUAUGUGAGGCUUGGUGGGAGGGUGGAUGCGUUGGUGUUUGCGGGAGGGAUUGGUGAGAAAGGCGCGAGGUUGCGAAAGGAGCUGGUAGAGAAGGUGAGAUGUUUGGGGUUUGAACUUGAUCCGGGCAAGAAUGAACAGGAGCUUGAGGACGAAGUGGUGGACAUCUCAGCCAGUGGCGCGAAGAACAAGGUGCUGGUUUGCCAGACAGAUGAGCAGGUAAGAGAGAACUCCGGUGAACAAAGAAGGAGAUGUUGACCAAAUUCAGCUCCAAAUGGCCAGGGACUGCGUAGGAAAGUUCGCAGCUUAACUGGUGACGCGGUAUGCAGGCAGUCAAACAGGGAGAAAUUGGCUGAGG